AUGUGGCGUGGCAACUGGGAGUUCAACGGCCCCCUUGGUGUUUUGGGCAUAAUGAUCACGUCGCAUGUGCUCAUCUACUACUUUUACGUGUGCAUCGAGCUGUUUCAGGGAACGAUCAUCUACCCCGGUCAUCCCAUGUUGAAGGGCGAGAAAAUGCAGAAAGUGUUCUUCUCCUUCCUAGUUGAGCACGCGUGCCCGACGAUGCAGACGUUCUGCAUAUUCCUUGGCUUCCUGCUGCUGGAGUACUUCCUGGCCCUGGUGCUGCCCGGAUUGUACGUUAAGGGGCUGCCUCUCCCCUCCGAGAACGGGUACCGCCUAACCUACAAGUGCAACGCCGUCACCGCAUGGUACUGCUUGCUUAUCAUCGUCGGCCUUCUCCACUACUACGGGGUGUACCCGAUAACUGAGCUGCGCCGCAACUACGGUCACUUCCUCACCGCAGCCACCAUCGUCGCGGACAUUAUUGCCGUGUGGGUCUACAUCGCUGGCUGCAAGCGCCCCAUCCGCAUGACGGGCAACUUCAUCUACGACUUCUUCAUGGGCAGCGGCCUCAACUUCCGCCUGCCGGGCAACAUCGACGUGAAGCUGUUUGCCGAGUGCCGAAACUCGUGGGUGCUGCUCAUGAUGCUCACUCUCAGCUGCGCCGCGGAGCAGUACAACGAGCUGGGGUACCUCACCGGCAACAUGGUCUUUAUGAUCGGCGCCCACCUACUCUAUGUCAACGCUGUUGAGAAGGGCGAGGAGUGCGUCAUCUCGACGUGGGACAUCUACUACGAAAAGUUUGGCUGGAUGCUGGCGUACUGGAACACGUGCGGCGUGCCGUUCCUCUACUGCAUGCAGUCCAUGUACAUUCAGACGGUACUCAAGAACAAGGAGCAUCCGCGGUGGGUACUGGUGCUGAUGGCGUGCAUCCUGCUGCUGGCAUACUACUUAUGGGACGCGAUCAACUCGCAGAAGAACCAUUUCCGCAUGCACCGCAGUGGCGUGCCGAUGGAGAUCAUUCGGAACAACGCCUUCCCGCAGGUGCCGUGGUGCUACAUUGAGAAUCCCCGCACACUCAAGAGCGCCACUGGCGAGCUCCUCGUGGACGGCUUCUACCGCUACGGCCGCAAGCUACACUACACUGUGGACCUGGUGAUGGCGUUCCUGUGGGGCAGCGCGUGCGGCUUCGAAUCCUUUAUCCCCUUUUUCUACUUUUUCUUCUUUCUCGGUCACCUAAUCGACCGCGAGCGCCGAGACGACCACCGCUGUAGGGCCAAGUACGGCAAGAUGUGGGACGAGUAUGUGAAGCUGGUACCCUACAAGUUCAUUCCGUACAUCUACUAG